AGCACUCACGUCAGAGACUACUUUGGCGAUUAUCUGGCGAGCACUGGCCGGCACAACCAGGAAUUCGUGGGUGCGUUAAGCGCCGAGCGCAGGGCAAAUACGGUCAGGUGCGUGAGAUCAACCUUGUUGCCAUACUGUCAUUCUCCUUCUAGCGCGCCAUUAUACGUUCUGAGCUAGAGAGCAAUGAGCCUCGAAACGCGUCCGAACGGCGACGUACUUGACACCUUCCACUCACCCGACAAUGACCCCGUGCGGCGCUGGCAUCCCAAAAUUACCAUAUACCGACUUGCCGUCCUCCUAACGACCAUUUGCCUCGGGGUGGGAAAGGCAAUAACAAGCGCUCGGUGCGCUGUCGUUGUUCCAGUCACUUUCGAAUGGGUCUCUGGUGUUGUGGUGUUCGUUUUUUUAUAUUGCGUUGGCUUAUACAACGAGGAUCAUCGGCAGCUUAUGAAAUGGCUAUUCAACCAUGAUCUUGCAGUACAUCUCUGGCCUGUAUUGUAUAGAACUGAUGAGGUGGACCUCCCAGCGGGGUUUCACUUGUCACGGCAUCCACCAAUAACGGGCUAUCGGAUAGUGGUCACGGCUUCUGUCCUUCUCUUUGGACUGGCAAAGGUGAUGCUUGGUUACCUUGGGUAUCCAGUCGCCGCUAAUACUGUUGAUUGGAUCUAUGGGGUAGUUGUGACUUCGGGAUUCUACUGUAUUGGACUCUACGGAAAUAAUUCUCUGAACUUGUUUUCAGCAUUCUUCGCACGAGACUACGGUCCUUUUCUCCGGCAUGUCUUUUUCUUCGCUAUUCCCAUAUAUACACCUGCCAUUAUCCUCUAUUCGGGCAUCGUCUACGCAGCAAUGAAGACACUCAUCUAUCAAUGGAGCCACCCGGUCAAUCUCUCUCCCGAUAUUAAGAUGCCUUUCUUAGCCUAUGCAUUCGGUGUUUCCGUCAACCUGAUGAUAUUGGAGAUUCUUUUUCUCAUCGCAGGGAUGGGUAUCUAUGCAUUCUGUUGCAUGCUUUAUGGGAUAAAGGUGGAAGAGGGGAUUAGGUGGAGAAUCAGAGGCGGCUUGAAUAUUAGCCGUGCUGAAGAGUUGCCGCCCCCCUACUACAAGCAAAAUGAUGGUAAAGUUAAAUAUUAUGUCAACACUCCCAAGUACAUGUUACAACUGUUCACCCUGGUAUUCACAGGCACUCUGACCACCGUGAUGACCUGCCUUUCUUUCUGGAUAACGGAAGACACCUUCGCUAUUUCGACUGAGUGGUGGGCGAUUCUGUUUUGUCUGUAUUAUUCUGCGACUCCUUGGGCACUAACUUUUGUAAUUUUCGGAUUUUUCAUGUCCAUUUUUGUACACUUGAUUCAGGGGACCUUUUUCUGGGAAUGAUACCAAUAUAUCAUUCUCCUUAGAUAUGAACCCC